AUUUUCCACCUCCUGCAGGCGCCAGCACAAGAAGAAAUGGGCAGCCACCCGUCCUCGCCUCCCUGCUACCAGACUGGCUCUGCAGAACUUCGACAUGAAUUACAGUGUGCAGCUUGGCAGCCUCUGGCCUUCGAUCCGUAUCAGUCUUCUCUCAGAGCAGAAAUAUGGAGCUCUUUUCAACAAUUUCUCCGAUAUACAGCAGGUCACUCAGGAACUGGAACGUCUGGAUGCGGUGGAUUUCAUCUGGGAAUCUCAGAAAGUGGUGCAAAAUCUGGAUUCCACAGGAGGGAAACAGGCUAGUGAACCAGCCAUGUUAACAGGAACUCUGGCUGUACCUGCUGAGUCUCAACCAGAAUCACUUCCUUGUCUUUCUACACUAAUUAGCCCCAACAUCAAGUGUUACACAUUCCCCAAAGGAGACAUUAGCCUCUUUCUUCCAGCCAGACCAGACACCCUUGGAAUUCUGGGCUACUACCUCUUGGAUGCUGCAUCAGUCCUCCCUGUAUUGGCUCUCAAUGUGCAGCCUGGUGACUUUGUCCUUGACCUUUGUGCAGCACCAGGUGGAAAGACGCUAGCCCUUCUACAGACUGGAUGUUGUCGAGAGCUAGCAGCCAAUGAUAUCUCUAUUUCUCGUACUGGCCGGUUGAAUAGCGUUCUCUGUAGCUACAUUCCCCGAAACAUCCGUGACAUAGUGCGGAUUACGUCGUGGGACGGAAGGAAGUGGGGAGACCUAGAGGCAAACACUUACGAUAGGGUGCUUGUGGAUGUGCCAUGCACAAACGAUCGGCACUCAGUCAUGGAAGAGGACAAUAACAUGUUCAAAAGCAUGAGAAAAGGGGAGCGUCAGAUGUUGCCAAUGCUCCAGCUGGAGUUGCUUGUUGCUGGGAUCCGUGCUGCUAAGCCAGGAGGAGAGGUGGUGUACUCAACAUGUACCUUGUCUCAGCUUCAAAAUGAGUAUGUGGUUGAGAGAGCAGUGGAGUUACUGAAAAUCCAAUAUGACAUCGAUGUCCAUGUUGAAGACCUGAGCAUUUUCCGGAGACUUUUCCAGGACACAUUUUCUUUCUUUCCAAACUGCCGACUUGGGGAGCUUGUUCUUCCCCACCUCACAGCCAACUUUGGUCCUAUGUAUUUUUGCAAAUUGCACAGAUUGGGAUAGAAUGGACAGAGUCUGCUGUAGAAGGAGGGAGGACAUGUACCC